ACAAAACAGUUGUCUAAAAAAGAAAGGAAAAAAAAAAGAAGCCAAACUGGUCUUGAAGUGAAACUCUUUAGAUCCAAAGGGCUUGUUCAAUUUCACGCGUUGUUGUUCUUCGUCUUCUGCAAUUCGAAACUGGAGAAGUUGAUUUCGUUGCAGGGUAAGGUUAGGACAAUUUUUGGUUUUAGAAGAGACUAAUGGCUGGAGUACUAGCUGGGGAAUGUUCUUACAGUGAGAGUGGAGUUUCAUCACACUCAAGGAAUUCUCAUGAAAAGCAAGACAAGAAGGUUGACAUGAGAGGUGAGGAUGGUGUAUGUAGCGGCUCAAUCAGCAACUUAGCUCUUUAUAUCCCUCUUGAUCUGACGAUUGAGAUUCUGAAGAGAUUGCCGGCUAAAUCUCUUAAAAGGUUCCAAUGUGUAUCCAAGGAAUGGAUAUCCAUCAUCCAAAACCAAGUUUUCAUCGAUUCGUUCUGCUCAAUGUCCCAGACUCGGUCACGGUUUCUAGUCGCUGUUCGUAUUACUGAGAACCGUGUAAUCCUCUUAUCGACUUCACACAAAGAAACAAAGGUACCAACUACUUCUUUGGUUACCAAUCUUCCAAUGAAAAUACGCAGUUGCCGGCAGAACCCUAUUCGUUAUACUUCUUUGCAUACAUAUCCCGAAAUGACACUGUCCGGUUUCCCUGUGGACCUUGUUCAUUGCUCUUCCAUCCAUGGAUUGUUCGGUUUGUCACAUCCUUCAGAUCCAGGUCGGUUCACGAUAUGUAACCCUAGCACUAGAGAAGUCAUAACAUUGCCGGAUAUCAAAGCUUCUAGUGGUACAAGAGAGCACAUAUAUAUGUUCUUGGGAUAUGAUCCUGUUGGUAAUGUAUACAAAGCAUUGUGUAGCACGUCUUGGCAUGGCCAACCUUGUCAAGAGCACAUGGUUUUAACAAUUGGAGGAGGAAAUCUUUCAUGGAGAAGCAUCAAAGGUAGAAAAAUCCCGCGUUAUACAGUUCUAACAAAUGGAAUAUGCAUUAAUGGGAUGGUGUAUUACGGUGUGUCGACUACCUUGAGACAAGAGAAGAGAUUUUUUAUUUUUCGUUUUAACGUUAGAGGUGAGUGCAUAGGUUCGAUCAACACAUAUUGGCCGGUCAUAAAACAUGGAUCAUUGAUCAACUUCAAUGGGAGGGUAGCCGGGGUUAGGCCCUUACCACGUGCUCCUCCCGGUAGUUUUGAUUUGUGGAUUCUAGAUGACUUUGACAAAAAACGCCACUGGUAUAGGAAAGGACUAACUGUCCACCCUUUGUUGUUGCAUUUGUCCGGGAAUAUUGAGUUAAAAAUCUUAGGGGUGAACAAAAGCUACGAGGUCGUUAUAGGUCCGCUAAAGUUUCCUCCCAAGCAUGAGCCAUUGUACAUUUACUACUAUAACAAAGGAGGCGUGAAGUUAAUCAGAAGGGUUGAACUUAAAGGAUUUGAAAAGUUUGGGUGCAAUCAUUCAAGUGAAGAGCAAUGUGUAUGUCAAGUCCUUUUCUCACCGGAACACUUUGAAAGUCUCCUGUCUUUAUAGUCUGUUUUAUUUUAUUUUUAUUGUAUAAAUUUAUGAAGAAUUGUGACAGAACUCAAGUUUGUGUUUCUUUUUAAGUUUUAACUACAUUGUUUAUUUUCAAUCCCCUUUUCAACU